AGGGCGGCUGGCAGAGGCGGGGGGCGGGGGCCGAGGAGGGAGCCGGCGGCGUCGGCGGCGGCAGAGCGGGGUCAGUUCUCGGGAGCGCUCGCCAAUGUGGGAGCCGUCUGCCGGGCGUCCGUGGCCCGCAGUUUUUUGGAGCUGUGAGGGAUACAGAAGUUUGAUCAAUAUUGUCUUAACAUGCUUCAGAUAAAUCAGCUUUUCUCCACGAUAAAAUGGCAAAUCCCAAAGAGAAAACUCCAAUGUGUCUGGUAAAUGAGUUAGCCCGUUUCCAUAGCAUCCAACCCCAGUAUAAACUUCUGAAUGAAAGCGGGCCUGCUCAUUCGAAGAUGUUUUCGGUACAGCUGAGUCUGGGCGAGCAGACAUGGGAAUCCGAAGGGAGCAGUAUAAAGAAGGCCCAACAGGCUGUUGCAAAUAAAGCUUUGACUGCAUCUACGCUUCCCAAACCCGUUCAGAAACCACCCAAAAGUAAUGUCAACAAUAACCCAGGCAGUAUAACUCCGACUGUGGAACUGAAUGGGCUUGCUAUGAAAAGGGGAGAGCCUGCCAUCUACAGGCCGUUAGACCCAAAGCCAUUCCCAAAUUAUAGAGCUAAUUACAACUUCCGGGGCAUGUACAACCAGAGGUAUCAUUGCCCAAUACCCAAGAUCUUUUAUGUUCAGUUGACUGUAGGAAAUAAUGAAUUCUUUGGCGAAGGGAAGACUCGGCAAGCUGCCAGACACAAUGCUGCCAUGAAAGCUCUUCAAGCCCUACAGAAUGAGCCAAUUCCAGAAAAGUCUCCUCAGAAUGGUGAAUCAGGAAAAGAAAUGGAUGACGAUAAAGAUGCAAAUAAAUCUGAAAUAAGCUUAGUGUUUGAAAUUGCGCUGAAGAGAAAUAUGCCCGUCAGUUUUGAGGUUAUUAAAGAAAGUGGACCACCACAUAUGAAGAGUUUUGUUACCCGGGUGUCAGUGGGAGAAUUUUCUGCAGAAGGAGAGGGAAAUAGCAAAAAACUCUCCAAGAAGCGUGCAGCAACCACUGUCUUACAGGAGCUUAAAAAACUCCCACCUCUUCCUGUGGUAGAGAAGCCAAAACUAUUUUUUAAAAAACGCCCUAAAACAAUAAUAAAGGCUGGACCCGAGUAUGGUCAAGGAAUGAACCCCAUUAGCCGCCUGGCUCAAAUCCAGCAGGCCAGAAAGGAAAAGGAGCCUGACUACGUUUUACUUUCAGAACGCGGAAUGCCUCGCCGUCGAGAGUUUGUAAUGCAGGUCAAGGUAGGCAAUGAAGUUGCGACUGGAACAGGACCUAAUAAAAAGAUAGCCAAGAAAAAUGCUGCAGAAGCUAUGCUGUUACAGCUCGGCUAUAAAGCGUCCACUAGCCUUCAGGAUCAGCUUGACAAGACCGGGGAAAACAAAGGAUGGAGUGGUCCAAAGCCUGGGUUUCCGGAACCAGCGAAUAACACUCCAAAAGGAAUUCUUCAUCUUUCUCCUGAUGUUUAUCAAGAGAUGGAAGCCAGCCGCCACAGAGUGACCUCUGGCACAACUCUAGGCUACUUAUCACCCAAAGAUAUGAACCAACCUUCAAGCUCCUUCUUCAGUGUAGAGUCUCCCUCACCGACUAGUUCAGCCCCAGCUGCCAGGGAACUCCUAGUGAAUGGAACAUCUCCUGCUGCUGAAGCCAUAGGUCUAAAAGGAAGUUCUCCUACUCCCCCUUGUUCUUCAGUACAGCCUUCAAAACAACUGGAAUAUUUAGCAAGGAUUCAAGGCUUUCAGGCAGCCUUAAGUGCCUUGAAACAGUUUUCUGAACAAGGACUGGAAUCAAUUGAUGGGGUGGUGAAUGUUGAAAACGGCUCUCUGGAAAAACAAGCCAAGCAUCUGCGGGAGAAAGCAGACAAUAACCAGGCAAACCCAGGCUCCAUCACUCAGGACUGCAAGAAAUCAAAGUCGGUCAUCUAGCAGCUCCCAGAACCCACGGCUGCCACUGCGUCCAUAUAAAGCUGUCAGCACGCACGAGGGUGUCUGUGUUCUAGGAAAUGAAUGACUAAUACCAUUAUCUGCGUCUGAUGUGAAGACAACACUAUUCUAACCCAGGAGACAAUGUACAUGGUACUGUUUAUUCAACUGGGGGAAAAUAAAACUUUGAGCAUUUCCCUUGGAACUUGAGAUCAGAUCAUAACUCAUUUGCCCAGAGGCAGCAGAAAUCUGAUCCACUACUGGAGUUUAAAAAUAACAAUUAAUGAAAAGUGUUAGAAACGAGGCUGCAGUUUUAAAAUGACUCACACAGAAGUUGGGUUUGGUUCUGUCCUUACAGUUGCUUUGUCGUGGAGAUUGUGGUGUUAUACUCUCUCUUGUUUGAAAUAAUGCUUGACAAUUCAGAAAUUAACCAAUGAUGUGCUGUGGAAUGUGAUGCUUGUCUUCAUAUAGUCUCACAGUUUCUCUUUUUAUUCAGAUAUUUGUAACCUUCUUCUUGCACAGACACACACACACACACACACACACACAUGUA